AUGGGCACCGAGACCGACAAUGACCACGACCCCGAAGUCAUGGUUCGCCGGUCCAAAUCAGACCUCAGGCUCCUGAACACUGGAGAGUUCUCUGACUUCACCGUCAUCUGUGGAGAUCGCCAGUGGAAAGCGCACAAGGCAAUUCUCACCAAGGUUCCGUACUUCCACGCAAUUUUCAGCGGUGGUUUCAAGGUAUCGACCCAUCCCGCCAGCCUCGGCAACAGAUUUGACCAAUGUAGUGACAAGUCAACUACACCCCAGGAAUCCACUCAAGAGAAGAUCACCAUCGAGGGGUUGUUCGAGCCCUUUGAGAUUCAGUGGCUUUUGGCCUACAUUUACUUCCCCCACUUCGAUCCGUUCUCUGCACGACAUGAUAGCCCCAGCGCGUCCUUCAUCGAGACUAUCGUCCGGCUUUGGCAGCUCGGCGACUACUUCCAGGUCGAGGGCAUGACCAAACAAGCGGAACGUAAUAUGGAUGUCUGCUGUAAUGAGUUGCGUGCGAACUCUCAAUCCAUGGACAGAGACAGCCUGUCAGACCCCGUAACCUUCCCCGUUGAUGUCGAGUGCGCCAUCCGUCGGGCGUGGCAUGAGGACCUGGCUUCGGGCCCUCUGCUGCGUGAGAAGCUCACCAAUCUCUGCGUCGAUUUCGCCCCAUACCUCAAGCGUCAGAAGUCUUUCUCCACGCUGUUGGAAGAGGUCCCUGGAUUCGCCAUUGCAUUUGCGCAACGGGCUUUGGGCACUCUCACGACACACCCGAGCCUGCCGAUGCCGCCAGCCAGCCCAAGGACUCCCGAAGCCCAAAAUGUGUUUGACUCUGAAGAUUUCUCAGACUGA